AUGGAUCCGAAGCAAGCUAUGAUGAAAAUGAUCCGAUAUUGAUUGACCGAUGUACAAAUUUCCCACGUAUCAAUGUCACUGAGGAAUUGGUUAUGGAAAAAAUCCACGAUUUACCAAACAAUUUGGUGUCUGGUCCCGACGGAAUACCGAAUAUGUUCAUCAAAAACUGCAUUCACACAUUGCUGAAGCCAAUAACACACAUAUUGCGUGAAUCGUUAAAUUCUGGUUGUGUACCGAACACAUGGAAACGCUCUUAUGUAAGACCAGUGCACAAAAGUGGAGCUAAGUACAAAAUUGAGAACUAUCGUGGAGUAGCACUGCAAUGCAUAAUACCUAAAUUGUUGGAUUCGAUAAUUGCAAAUCAUUUGAAUUAUCACAUGAGGAACAUCAUCGAUAGCAGCCAGCAUGGUUUUGUCAAAGGAAAGUCAACAAUAACGAACCUGGCCGAAUUUACAUCACAUACACUGAUCGGCAUGCAACAUGGAAUCCAGACUGAUGCAAUAUAUCUCGACCUUGCUAAAGCGUUUGACUCGGUUGACGUGAAACUGCUCAUACACAAGCUGAAAAUUAUGGGAUUGAAUGAGCAAAUACUGGAAUGGAUAAAGUCAUAUCUAAGUGAACGUCAACAAAUAGUAAGAUUGAAUGGAGCCAUGUCUACUCCCAUUGAAGUAACAUCGGGAACAGGUCAGGGAUACCCGAUUGGAGCGACACUGUUUGUUCUGUUCAUCAUUGAUCUUCCCCAUUGCAUAGUCAACUCCAACUUACAAUCGUUUGCCGAUGACACUCGCUUUUCAAUGCAAAUAAAGCAAGUCGAUGAUUGCCUAGCACUUCAAGCUGACCUGAAUAGAGUCGUCAAGUACUUCAAACGUAACCGCAUGAACUUGAAUGUCAAAAAAACGAAUUACGUAUCAUAUCACCGUGGCGAGCUGAAAUUUGACUUCAAGUACACUAUUGAAGGCAAAUCAAUUGACAGGGUAAAAAUAAUAAAGGACCUUGGAGUCGUUUUGGAUGAAAAAAUGAACUUCGAUGCUCAUAUUGAGUACAUAACUGCUAGAGCCAAAUCUAGACUUGCGUGGAUUAAACGUUUUGGAAGAGAGUUCGAUGACCCAUGGACUAUAAAGAGACUCUUCUUCACGUUCGUAUUGCCAAUCAUUGAAUAUGGAUCGCAAAUAUGGAACCCAUACACCAAUGAGAAAAUCGCUAGAAUCGAAUCAGUCCAAAAACAAUUUCUACUGUUUGCACUGAGAAAAAUGAAAUGGCCACACAGAUUCAUUUUGCCACAAUACAACAAUCGUCUGCUAUUUCUACAAAUGAUUACCUUGGAAGAACGAAGAAAAAUCGCACAAAUUUGCUUCAUACACAAUGUUAUCUGUGGCCAAACAUCGUCGAAGCAUAUUAUGGAGAAAAUUAACUUAAGAACACCACGACUCCGAACACGGAACACCGAAUUCCUAGAGCUGCCGACCAGAAUCUACAACUACUCAAUGUUUGAGCCAAUUAACUACAUGCUCAUCACAUAUAAUGAAUUUUAUAAAUACUUUAAUAUCAUAGAGCCAAAUCAAACGAAUGAUUGUGAUACUAGUACUAUUCCAAAAAUAUAUAAAACUUAUUUAAUUGAUUUUAAUGUUAGCACAAACACUGUCAAGCAAAGAAUAACUGAUUAUUUUAGAAGAAAUAGAACUUGGAGAGACUGAAAAUACGAAUUCAUUAUAAAUAUUGUAAAUAUAUAACCAAAUAUUUAUACCAAAUAAACCACCUCUGGCGAAGAAACGCUGUAUGGUGCAGAAUAAUAA